AUGAGUAAAAAUAGUAUUUCUUGUACAUUAUUGGUACCAGCAGUUAUUAUAGCAAUUAUUGGUUUAAUAUUAUGUUUUAUUGGUAUUGCUACACCAUCCUGGCAAGUUGUUUAUGCUAGAGAACUUCAACAACUUAUACAAAGUGGUUUAUGGAUUAAUUGUCAAACAAGACCAUCUGGUAUGUAUACAUGUACUUAUACAUUUUCUGAGACAGAUUAUAACUUUUAUACAUCAACAGAAUUGGUAAAUUUUCGAACACCACCAUUUUAUUCAUGGCAAAGAAAAUUAUUAUAUUCUAUUUUAUGUGGACAAUUAAUAGGUAUCAUUGGAUUAUUUACAUUUUGUUCAUCAUUUUAUCAACCAAUUGCUAAAAAAUGUGCUUUAUUUUAUACAAUAACUAUUGGAAUAACAUCAAUAAUACAUAUAAUAACAUCUAUUAUAUUUACAAUAUUUGCUCAUAUGGUUGAAUAUAGAUUUUUUCAUGUUAGUGUGUCUGGAAUUUAUGAAAAACAUAAAGGUUAUUCUUUUUAUGUACAUUUAAUUGGUGGGAUAUUAUUAUUUUUAUCAUUUAUAAUAUCAAUAAUUCAUGUAAUAAUUCAAUUUAAGAACAAACAUAUUGAAAGAGUUGAUGAUUAUGAUAGAAAUUUUAAUGGAUAUAAUAAAAAUAUAUUUAAUGAAUUUCAAUAUUAUAAUAAUCCACGGGAAAAUAUUUUACAACAACCACCUCAACGUUAUCAUGGGUAUGCUGAUAGUUUUACAGGGUCAGGAUCAUGGCAUGGAAGUCAAGAUUUUCGUAUGCAAGAGUAUGAUCAAGUGCCUCGUUUUAAUUAUAGAUAUUAA